CCUGCGUGGGAAGCACAGGUGCGGCCAGAUCAGGAGAAUCUCCCAUCGCUCAAAAGCAGCCACUCUUGCUCCCGAGAAGCUCCGGUGAGGUUGCUGCUCAUCUCCAGCCAGUGGCCCUGCCGCACACACCGGACCAUGGGGACCCUCGGGGGACACCUGGUUGCAGCGCUGCUGUUCCUCAUCGUAGCGCUCUACUACUCCGUGCUGGUGUCCUUGGCUCUGCUACGGGGACAGAGGUUGCUCAAACGCCCUCUGCCCCCGAGAGACAAGCGAGGGCACCGGUGGUGGCAGCUGGUUUCUGUGGAAGCAGUGGUGAAGGUGGUCUUCUCCCUGAUCGUUAUCUUGCCCGAGCUCUUCUACCCACCGGGAGCAAACCGGAUGGUGAUGGUGGACUGGGAGGACCCGAAGCGGCCGUUUGUGUUCCAGGACACCUGGCAGCACGUCACCAUGUACGGGUUCUUCCUCCUCAGCGGAGUGGUGGACAUCGUGAGCCAGGCAUGCCAGGCGCGGCAGAACAUGAAGCUGGAGCGAGCGGCGGAGGCGCUGGCCUUCUGCGUGCUGGUGCUGCUGAUGAUAAACCACAUUGAGAACAAGAACACCCUGGAGAGCCGCGUGCACGCCCUGUUCAUGCUGCCUGCCUUCCUGGUCGGCUUGGUGCUCAUCAUCGAGGUCUGGGUCCCGGACCAGCCCUCACUCUGGGUGCUCAAGACCUGGAUGGGGCUGGUGCUCAGCAACUGGCUGCUGCAUCUAACCGUCCUGAUAUAUGCACCUCCCUCCGGACAGCCCUGGAGCGGGGACAACCCUGUGGACCUCGCCUUUGUCACCACCUUCUUCUGCUGGCACCUGGGCUUGGCGGCUGUCAUGCUGGCCGCCAUCUAUGGCCUCUGCAGCCUCUGGCACCAUCGUUUCUCCUCCUGGAAAAGGGCCCCAGGUGCCGAGUACCAGCCGUGCCCCCUACAUGAGGGCAGUGAAGAGCCUGAGAAGUUCAGGGCAGGGGCCCUACAGCUAGACGGGGGUGUCUAGGUACAGAAUCUAUCUCGGCACUUCACCCUUUGUAAUGAGGAUGCCCACUGUGUGCCUCGUGCAGGAACAUCCUGGGAUCUGCAACGUGGCUUUCCAUCACAGGGGUCCCAUUCCCUGUUCUGAAAUGAACAAGGAUCACUUCUGUCUACCACCCUCUUCUCUCCAGCCCUGUCUCUCUCCUAUCCUGUCAAAGCCAGAGUGGAUCCUUAUCAUGCAUUCACAUGAAGCAAGAAUAGUAGUGGUUUCCUCUGACAGCUUUUGGGAUCCAAAAGGGAGAGAAGAAAUGAGGAAACAGAAGAAAAUGGAGGGUGUCUGGGGGCAUGGCAGGGCUCUGUAUGUCUGGGGCAGAGCUGGCUUGGUGUGUGUGCUGCGUGGGCCUAGAGCUGAAGUAGCAAAAUGGGUCCCAGGGAGAGAGCUCUGUUUUCCCAUCGUGGUAAGGGCUUCUGCUUCUUUAUGUCUUUUUUCUUUUUAAUUAUUCACUUAUUUUAAUUGAAGGCUAAUUACAAUAUUGUGGUGGGUUUUGCUCUAUUACUCAUACUAAAUGGGGCAGGAAGAAGAACUGGUUUUGUUGUUACUGUUUUCUCAUCUAACGUGGAUGAGGCUACUUCUGCCUGAGGGAACGAGGGAUGAGGGGAUAGGGCAGCAAUCAGGUUAGCAGGGCUCAAGUCUGGGGAGGAAGGAAGUGAGGGAGGGAUUCCCAAAGGUGGGUGUAAGAAACGAGGAUUAUAUUUGUAUAAUUUUAGGUUGUUUGGUUUUUGCUAUGACAUAAAACUCCAUUGCUUAUGUAGAGUCUUUCAGUAAAGUCUAUGAUACACAUA